AAAGAUGAACACUUUCAACAUUAGCAUUUUACAGUUUUUUGCUUUCGAACUUUUAGAAAAUCUCUUUUCAGCUCAUCAUGUUCAACAAUUUUUUGCUCAUUUGUUCACUUUGUUUAGUUUUCGUUUCAGUACAUUGUGAACCAGAUUCUGCUGAUUGUCCUGAUCCCAAGUCGAUUGAACCAUGCCAUUGUGAUCGUGAGGGAAUCUCCUGCUUCAACUCAUUGGAUGAACAAAAGUUGAGUCAAGUGUUUAAAGUACCAAAUGGAUACAAUGCUUACCGGUCUGUUUGGAUUACUCAAAACUCUAUCUAUAAUUUAACUCGAAACAUCUUUAAUGGUUUACGAAUUCAAUCCUUUUUCAUUGAAGAAAAUGAAAUUGAAACAGUUGAAGAAGGCGCUUUCACUGAUUCAUAUGAGAUUGUUAAACAAAUUAGCCUCCACCGAAACAAGAUCAAGUCUUUUCCCUUUAAUGAAUUGGGUUUGAUGGAACAGCUUGAAAAAUUGACUCUAUCACACAACAAGCUGACGACCAUUCCAGCCAACAGCUUUUCUUUGGCCACCAAAUUGUCUGCAAUUGAUUUAUCAGACAAUGAAAUUGAAACUCUUGAGCCAGGAGCAUUUUUCGGAAUGAGAAACUUGCAGCUAAUUUUACUGGGAAACAACAAAUUAACCCAAUUACCAGCUCUUUCAUUUGGUUCAAACUUGUUAUUCACGGUAAGAAAAAUUUCCAAUCCUUUUUAAAUUCGAACCAAUUUU